CGAAACUGUUCUACGAAGUACCUUAUGGAUUUGCCAUCUCCUGAUGUUCUAAACAUUGGUACCAAUUGCACAACACCCAAGAGUAAGAAUAAUCACAUCAACCAAUCUACGCAUUUGCGACUCCCGUUUCGCUCCGGAGGAUUUCAUCUCAGGAUCUGCUACCUAAGAUCUUCUAAACGGGGCUGCUGAAAGUCUCGCUGAGACGGGAAGCUUGGCGAGUUUGUUAACGCAUCAUUUGACCCACCCCCAUGUCGCAAUCCGGUCACUGUCAUCAUCACUUCCACCAACUGUGUCAUCUUUACGCCGGGAUCUCCUGCCCUCCAGUAGUUUGCUCCAGAGUCAAUUACGCUUUCUGUUUCAGAGAGAAAAAGAAAUCAUUGUUUCCCACGGUCGCCUGCAGGUUGGUAGUCACGGCAGUAUGGAGAGAUUGACAAAUGUGACAAAGCAGCACCGCCCCGCACCUUCCCACUGGCUGUUUUCCCCAUAAUGUUGACAUCAUCACUAUCAUCAUGACUGUGCCGCAUCCUUCCCCUUUCGGCAACCCCAACCAAAAGCUUAGAGAAUGGAGCAAACACUCCCUGGGGUUCUCCGCCAGAAAGGUGGCUCACAUGAGAGGGGGAAAAAGUAUAUAUUGACCUCCAAUCACCCACUGCCAUCUUCAUUUUACCACGCACCAUCCGCUCUGAAUCAAACAUCCACAACCAUCUCCCAAUCCAACAACUAGUCUCACAACCUCUUUCAAGAGUCCCUACUCAAUACACCAAACUAAAAAUGGCCAGCAACAACCCCGGAAACUUUGCCAACCGUCCCAAGGAGGAGGUGCGCGAGAUUGCUUCCAAGGGUGGCAAGGCUAGCCACGGCGGAGGCGGCACUGAAGCUGCCAACGACGACUCCUCUGGCAACAGCGGUACGGGCAACCAGGGCUUUGCCAGCAUGGACCCCGAGAAGCAGCGUGAGAUCGCUUCCAAGGGAGGCAAGGCUUCCUCCGGUAGCUUUGAGCCCGGUAGCGAGCGUGCCCGCGAGGCUGGCAGGAAGGGAGGACUCGCCAGUCAUGGUGGCAAUUCCGAGGAGUAGGGCGACAAUUCUGAUGGUCGCACUUUCAUGAUAUGAAAUGACAUUUCUGAUGGCGCAAUUUGGCAGAGGACAAUUGGGACUGUGUUUGUACAAUAGGAAGCAGAUAGCAACGUCGGGCUUCGGAUUUGACUUCUACUUU